AUGAUGGGCGGAAACGUAAUGUGGUUUCGUCAUGGGCUACGGCUUCACGACAACCCGGCUCUGCGUCGAGCCUUGCAAGACCGAAGAACGCCGUUUUUUCCCAUCUUUGUGUUUGAUGGGGAAACUGCUGGUACGAAAGUGGUGGGUUACAACCGUAUGCGGUACUUGCUUGAGGCUUUAGAAGAUCUAGACACCCAGUUCCGUAAGUAUGGCGGGCGACUGCACAUGAUCAAGGGAAAACCAGUUGAUGUGUUUAGACGUCUUUGGGAGGAGUUGGGAAUAAAUAAGCUGUGUUACGAGCAAGAUUGCGAACCGAUAUGGCGUGAGAGAGAUGAAAGUGUACGAGCUACUUGCAAGCAGAUCGGUGUUGAGUGCCACCAUUUUGUGUCGCACACUCUUUGGGACCCUGAUACUGUGAUACGAGUCAAUGGAGGAAUCCCACCCCUGACGUAUCAGAUGUUUUUGCACACGGUAACAAUAAUUGGCGACCCUCCUCGGCCGGUGGAUGACGUGGAUCUCAGAGUGACCAACUUUGGUGUGCUGCCUGACUGCUUUUAUAAGGAAUUUGUAGUUUUUGAGAAGACGCCGAAACCCGAAGAUUUUGGUGUGUUUUUGGAGAAUGACGACAUAAGAAUGAUUCGAUGGGUAGGCGGUGAGCGAGCUGCCUUAGCAAAGAUGCAGCAGAGAUUGGCUGUGGAACAUGAUUCAUUCUGCAAGGGUUCCUAUCUUCCAACUCACGGCAAUCCUGACUUGCUGGGUCCACCGAUAUCACUAAGUCCUGCGCUCCGGUUCGGAUGUCUGUCCGUCAGGAAGUUUUAUUGGUCGCUUCAGGAUUUGUUCCAAAGCGUGCAUCAAGGACGGAUGUCAAGCCAGUUUGUCACAGGUCAGCUGAUUUGGCGGGAGUACUUUUACACAAUGAGUGUAAAUAAUCCGAAAUACGCGCAAAUGGAAGGAAAUUCCAUCUGCCUUAAUAUUCCUUGGAGGGAACCUCAUGGAGAUGAGCUGCAAAGGUGGGAAGAAGGUCGUACAGGUUUCCCAUUCGUGGACGCAGCGAUGCGACAGCUCCGUACUGAGGGCUGGCUGCAUCACGCACUGCGUAAUACGGUGGCCUCGUUCCUCACACGUGGUACUCUUUGGUUAUCUUGGGAACAUGGCUUGAAACAUUUCCUCAAAUAUCUGCUGGAUGCGGACUGGUCAGUGUGCGCUGGUAACUGGAUGUGGGUGUCAUCGAGUGCCUUUGAAGCCUUGUUGGAUUCGGGCGAGUGCGCGUGCCCUGUGAGGCUUGGACAACGGCUGGAACCGAGCGGACAGUACGUGAGGCGAUACAUACCGGAACUGACAAAUAUUCCGGAUAAAUAUAUUUAUGAGCCAUGGAAAGCCCCAAUAGACGUACAGCAGCGUGCGGGAUGUAUAAUAGGUCGGGACUACCCUUCUCCCAUAAUAGAUCAUCUUGAAGCUGCUGAAAGAAACCAAAGUGCUAUGCGGGAAUUGCGCCUUAUGCUUGACAAAGCUCAGCCUCAUUGCUGUCCCUCAUCAGAGGAAGAAAUCAGACAAUUCAUGUGGCUCCAAGAUGUACCGCAGCUCGAUGUCUCCACAUAA